AUGAGCCACCAAAGGAAGAAUCUCCAAAAGAGGAGCCACCCAAGGAAUAACCUCCCAAGGAGCAACCACCCAAGGAACAAUCUCCCAAAGAGGAGCCACCAAAGGAAGAACCUCCCAAGGAGGAGCCACCACAGGAGGAACCACCUAAGGAGGAGUCACCCAAGGAGGAGUCACCAAAGGAAGAACCUCCCAAAGAGGAGCCACCAAAGGAAGAAACCACCCAAGGAGGAGCCACCAAAGGAAGAACCUCCUAAAGAGGAGCCACCAAAGGAAGAACCUCCCAAGGAGGAGCCACCAAAGGAAGAACCACCCAAGGAGGUGCCACCAAAGGAAGAACCUCCCAAAGAGCAACCACCAAAGGAAGAACCCCUCAAGGAGGAGCCACCAAAGGAAGAACCACCCAAGGAGCAGCCACCAAAGGAAGAACCUCCUAAAGAGCAACCACCAAAGGAAGAACCUCCCAAGGAGGAACCACCCAAAGAACAACCUCCCAAAAAAGAGUCACUAAAGGAAGCACCUCCCAAAGAGGAGCCACCCAAAGAGCAGCCUCCCAAGGAGGAACCACCCAAAGAAACUCAUACACCAUAA